CGUGUGCGACUGACACAGUUCUCUUCAUAUCGUGUCUGCUACGCUAUCUCGCUCAUCCGACCUACCCCUCUUUUGCGGCGACAAUAUCAACCUUGAGAACGACCAUUUCUCUUACCUGACGGUGUACCACCUAGACACAGCAGUCGCACUCCCUCUGCAUAGUAUACUCCUGAAUCGACGUCUCCUUUGUUGUCACAUACCCGGCUGGUGAGAUGAGGAUCAGAGUGCGCGGGCCAUCUGGGCAAUCCACCAUCACCCUCGACAACAGUGCGACGGUGGAUGACCUGCGCGGUCAGAUCCAGGAGAAGACUGGGCUGGAGGCCUUUGAUCUGAAAUAUGGGUUUCCUGAUAUAAAGCGGCUUGCCCUGGAUCAGUUCUCGCCCACGCAGCAGCUGUCAGACAUCGGCAUCAACCUCAAUGGAGAACAGCUCAUCGCCACCAAGAAGGACGGAGCACCCACGCAACCAGAGGUCAAUGCCAGCGCAGCAGCCGCAGCCGCAGAUGCGCCGUUGUCGCUAUCUCGAAAAGACCAUGGCGACGUGGAAAAGGAUCCGCCUGAGGUGCCAUCCCCAGAGCAUUCGGGGACAUUCGUACUGCGGAUAAUGCCAGACGACAACUCGUGUCUCUUCAGAGCGGUUGGAAGCGCUGUAAUUGGCGGCAUGGAUACGAUGACGGAGCUCCGGUCGAUUGUUGCGCAGGCGAUCCAAGAGCAACCCGACAUCUACUCCGAAGUUGUCCUUGAGAAGAAGCCCGACGACUAUUGCCGGUGGAUCCAGACCGAGAAUGCCUGGGGCGGAGCGAUCGAAUUGAGCAUCUUGAGCAAACACUUCGACAUCGAGAUCUGCUCGAUCGACGUGCAGACGCUGCGGGUGGAUCGGUUCAACGAGGGUCAACCGACGCGCUGUGUGCUGGUAUACUCGGGCAUCCACUACGACACGAUUGCGCUCUCCCCAUCCGAUCCGCCUUUUACCCACGCGUACGCGCCUCCAGAAUUCGAUACCAAUAUCUUCGAUGCGGCCGACCCGGUAGUGUUGGAGAAGUGUCUGGAACUGUGCAAGAUCCUGCAAAACAAACACUACUACACAGACACGGCGGGGUUCCAGAUCCGAUGUAAUACCUGCGGUGGGAUGUUCGUGGGCGAGAAGGGCGCCACACAGCAUGCGGCGCAAACUGGACACUACGAUUUCGGAGAGGCGAGUUAAAUUCAACGGAUUGUUGGCGGUAUGUAUAUAUUAUAACACCACUUUGACGAUCCGGUCCCUUCCCUCUUUCCUUACGGCUU